AUGGCUGGUUUUGGCGGUCAUUCCUCAAAACAGCGCACUCCUUCCAUGAUCCCGUUCUCUGUAGACGUUCUCGCAACAGAACACGAAGGUCUCUUGAUCCUCAAGCUCCGCCAGUGCUCCGUCGUCUUCGGCUUCGCGGACAUCGCGGCUCACGCGAAGGGCGAGGAGGCGAAAGGAGCCACCCUCUUCGAGCUCGUGCGAUACAUGGCGAAAGGGGGGGAGAUCGCGGAGCCAGCGUAUCCCGAAAUCGUCAAGAUGAUAUCGUGCAACCUCGUGAGAAGCCUUCCACCUCCCGAAAACCCCAUGUUCGAUCCGGAAGAGGAUGACCCGACUCCGGAAGCGUCGUGGCCGCAUAUGCAGGCCGUGUACGAAUUCUUCCUCAGCUUCCUGAAUUCUCCGAACUUUCAAGCAAAAGUUGCCAAAAGGGACAUUAAUCAGAAGUUCGUCCAGGAGCUCCUGGAGAUGUUCGACAGCGAAGACCGGAGAGAACGCUUUUAUCUGAAGACUGUUCUCUACAGUGUCUAUAGGAAAUUCUUGGGCCUCAGAGCGUUCAUUCGGAAACACAUCAGUCACAUCAUUCUCAGAUAUGUAUACGAGACCGAGAGGUUCAACGGUAUGCCCGAACUGCUCGAGAUACUCGCCAGCGUCAUCAGCGGCUUCGCCUUACCGUUGAAAGCUGACCACAGGCAGUUGCUGUUCAGAGUGCUGAUUCCUCUCCACAAAGUGGGGUGCUUGUCCGCGUGUCACGCACAGCUGGAGCAUUGCGUAAUUAUUUUCCUGGAGAAGGACGACUCGCUCACGGAAAUGGUCGUCAACGGCCUGCUGCGGUAUUGGCCCAAGACGUCUUCCCAGAAGGAAAUCUUAUUCCUGAAUGAAAUGAAGGAGAUCUUGGUCGGGAUGAGUCCGUUCGAGUUCCAGAAGAUCCAGAAUCCACUCUUUCGGCAGAUUGCGAGAUGCGUGUCCAGUCCACACUUCCAGGUUUGCAUGUUGUCGCAUUGUCACCGAAUGCGACGGAAUGCGACGGAAUGCGACGGAAUGCGAAGCAUGUCUAACGUCUCCGUUUUCCUUCCUGCUGCGCAGGUCGCCGAGAGCGCCAUCUGUCUCUGGCGCCAGGAUCGCAUCACGACCCUGAUCAAAGGCAAUUACCUCGAGAUCAUGCCCAUCGUGUUCCCCGCUCUCUACGGGAUCUCGAAGGAGCACCUGAGUCUGUCGAUAGUGGAUCUGGUGAGGGACGUGCUCCAGACCUUCAUGGAAAGACAGCCUCUCCUCUGCGACGAACUCGCGACGGUACUGAUUCCCCAAAACAAUACCCCAUUCUCUGUAGACGUUCUUGCAACAGAACAUGAAGGUCUCUUGAUCCUCAAGCUCCGUCAGUGUUCCGUCGUCUUCGACAUCGCGGAUAUCGCGGCUCACGCGAAGGGCGAGGAGGCGAAAGGAGCCACCCUCUUCGAGCUCGUGCGAUACAUGGCGAAAGGGGGGGAGAUCGCGGAGUCAGCGUAUCCCGAAAUCGCCAAGAUGAUAUCGUGCAACCUCCUCAGGAGCCUUCCACCUCCAGAGAACCCCAUCUUCGAUCCAGAAGAGGAUGAACCUGUUCUGGAAGCGUCGUGGCCUCAUCUGCAGGCCGUGUACAUAUUCUUCCUGAGCUUCUUGGAUUCCCCUAACUUUCAAGUAAAUGUUGCCAAAAGGGACAUUAAUCAGAAGUUCCUUCUGGAGAUGUUCGACAGCGAAGACCCAAGAGAACGCUUUUAUCUGAAGACUGUUCUCUACAACGUCUAUAGGAAGUUUGUGGGCCUCAGAUCCUUCAUUCGGAAGCACAUCACUCACAUCAUUCUCAGCGUCAUCAAUGGCUUCGCCUUACCAUUGAAAGCAGACCAGAAGCAAUUGCUAUUAAAGGUGCUGAUUCCUCUCCACAAAGUGAGGUACUUAUCCACGUGCCAUCCCCAGUUGCAACAUUGCAUAUUUCAGUUCCUGGAGAAAGACGACUCACUCACCGAAAUGGUGAUCGUCGGCCUGCUGCGGUAUUGGCCCAAGACGUCUUCCCAGAAGGAAAUCCUGUUCCUGAAUGAAGUACAAGAGAUCUUGGUCGGGAUAAGUCCAUACGAGUUCCAGAAGAUCCAGAAUCCACUCUUUCGGCAGAUUGCGAGAUGCGUGUCCAGUCCACACUACCAGGUCGCCGAAUGCGCCAUCUGCUUGUGGCACCGAGAUCGCAUCAUGGCCCUGAUCAAAGGCAAUUACCUCGUGAUCAUGCCCAUCGUGUUCCCCGCUCUCUACGGGAUCUCGAAGGAGCACCUGAGCCCACCGGUAGUGGAUCUGGUGAAGGACGUGCUCCAGACCUUCAUGGAAAGGCAGCCUCUCCUCUGCGACGAACUCGCGACGUCUUUCAGAGCAGAAAGGCAAUAGCGGGUGCCCAUUUUUUUUUACGAAGCUAUUAUUACGUCACUUGAAUUUGUGAGAGAACCCAUUACAAAAAUAACUCAAUAUGUUCACACCCAGCAGCUGAAAAAAUAUGGGAAACGGAUUCCCAAUCAGCAAUGCUCAUGGUGCUUUGAAACACCCCGUCUCAAUGGAAUAAAUGUGCCUCCUUUUUAGUGCUAUGCAUUCCUCUCUUCUUCUCCCUCUUCUUGCCAUCCGAAAAAAAGGAAUCCAAAACCUUUCAUCAGCC